UGAGAGGGAAGAGUGGGGAGGUGCUCAGGACCCACCCCCUCUCAUUUCCCCGGCGCGCCGCUUGGCGCGUGCUGCAUUGAAGGGGCUGAGCGGAGGCGGCGUGAGGCCCGCGGGAAGGGAGAGCUGCGAAGGCUUCGUCCACCGCUGGGAAUUGGCGGCUGCUGCUGCUGCUGCAUGCGAUGUUCUGUCACAACGGGCGGGCAUCGCCACCGGCACCUCUGCAAGGGAGCGGCUUAUGAGAACGACUCUAAUUCCUGCAGCUGCUGCUUGAAUCAACCCGACCCCUCUGCCAAGAGAGCUACUGCCGAUUUUCCCAUUGUUCAGUUGCGAGAGCGAUGACUGAUCCCAGCGCCACUAUGGAUGGCAAAUCGAUAGACGCCGACGGUGCAGAGAAUGAUCCGAAGAGCCCCAAGAAGAUUCAGUUUGAAAUGCCUUCGUUCCAGACGUACCUGGAUCCCGCCUCGAGCGAACAGAUCAGACGCCGCAGACCCACGCCAGCCUCUCUCAUUCUACUGAGUGAUCAGUCAUCCCCAGAGGAGGAACAGACAUCGUGUGUGACAGGCAUUAAUUAUUUGGCACAAACUUCACAACCAAGACCGCUCAGCGUCUUCAACCCACCUACGAGGAAAGAGCUGCAGGAGCUGGUGAGAUUCAGCAUGGCACGGGAUGGGCGUGAGAGCGAAAUCUCGUCGCCGGAGGACACCUCGACCAGCCCCACCAACGGGUCGCUUCCGAGCGGCAACGGCGGCGACGCCGAUCACCAUGGGCGCGACGAAGCCGGCAAGAAGACGAGCAGCGGAGAAACGCAGGAACCAGUGCGCACGGGCAGUGAGCCGGCUCCCGAAGCAAAUGCCCAUGGAGGGAAACCGCUGCAAGACCGUCGCAUGGGCAACGGUUCCAGUGAACGGUCCUAGCACCGUCGACAUUCUCACAACGAGCGAGUGACGUCGGCACUCUCCGGAGGAUGACGUCAUCAGGAUCUUUGGUACCUGCGGUGCAACGUGGGACGCGUUUGUCGCUGGAGCCCUGACAACCUUCUGGCCGGCACUCACGCAUCUCCCUCUCAUAAUAUGGACGGCACCGCGUGUUCCGUGGCACCAACCGACCCACACAGAAACGGGACGACCUCUGGCACUCGCUUGGCCUCUGGGGACAAUCGUUUUAUUGAAUGCGUGCGACUGCUUUCAAUGCCCCCCCCCUCGCCUGCAGCGGCUUAAACUGACCCGUGAUUCUCCCCCGGUCAGCUGGUCACGGGACCCAGGAGGCACCAGGGGUUCGGCGCAUGGCUGGCAUCGCCUGGGAAGAGGCGUCGGUGAAAUGGGCCUCUCCAAUGUCAAUUUGGAUGAAUUUGGAUUUUUCCCUUUUUUAUUACCUCUCAGAAUUUCUCACUGGAAUCAAACCGUCUGUGACUGCAGCGGCGCAGGCUCGCUGCACACUGUGCCGCUGCUUGUUGCGUUCUCGACGGGGCUCAAUUCUUCACGGAAUAAUAUUCGCGUCGGGAGUAGGCCUCGAGACGGACCGCGGAGUGGUCACUGCCAUAGUGAGAAGUUUAUUGGAUGUGAUGUGAUGAUAAUAUGCGGGUCUGAAUUUGAGCCUUGGUUGUAUACAAUAUUGCCAUUGUAAUCACGGCAGCAGUGCUUUUUGCUGGCAUGACAUAUCCUUUGCUCUUAAAAUGCACAGUAUUCAGCAUCAUACCAUUAUGUUCUCGUCGUCUUUAUUUGUGGCAUUUACAUUGCUUGUGUUGCUUUGUAAAGGAUAUGGACAGAGGACGUUAUAGUCCCGUUAGAGCUGGUUGAGUGGUUGUGGCCUGGAUUUAGGAUGUGACACGACUUUGGCUGGAGCCGUCGAUGACAGCUGGGGACAGAGACUCGUCGUUUUUUCGUCCGUGACUUUUUUGUCUGACAUGCGCCCAUGCAGUGGACCAACCACUGUGAACAACGGUCAAUAAUUGAAUCUCAUUUGAGCUUUUAACCUCGCCUUGAACUGUACACUAUGUUAAAAAUCAGUGACGGUGAUAACAUCAUAUGAGUUCACUGGCAAUGUUUGUUAGAGUUUUGGAAUGUCACCAAAGUAGGUCCACUAAUGUCAGAAAAGGGCACAAUGGGUUCAUUUUCAAAAUGGACAAUGCGACUUUACAGGACGUUACACAAUACUGAGCAUUGAUUUUUUUUAAAGUAGCUGUUUGCACAAAUUUAGCAUUCUAAUCUCACUUUGCAUGCCCAGCAACAACACUGAAAUGCACAAAAGAUUUCUCAUUCUGGAGUUUUUCCGAUGCCCUGUGCCAUUUUCACUGUGUCCAAUAUUGAUCCUCCUGUCGGUCAUGCCAUUACAAGAUAAUAACUGGUACAUGUGAGGGUUGAUGGGGGUUUUAUACGUAAUCUUAACCUUCACUGGGAAUCGCACAAGUCACUAAGUUUGUCGUGCAGUGCGCUAACCACUGCGCAAUCGCUCAACCCAUAUGUAGUCUGUACACAUUCACAUGAAGACCUAACGAGACUGAACGCGAGCUUGCUGUAGGUUGGAUAUUUUUGGCACGGAUACGUGGCACAUGUUUUUAAUUGUAUCAUAAGUGAUGUCUCAUUGCUUCUUUCUGUUGGGAAAUGAGACUAACUACAAGACGUUGCUGCACACAGUCUUGCGUUGGGCCUGGGUAAUUGUGUGAAUGGAUUUAGCAACACACAAAGGUGUGCAGCUUUGCAUGUACAAAUGAUAUUAGCCUUAUCCAGACCACCAGCUCAAAAUAAUCGCUUGUGUGCCCAUAUUGUCGUUUAAUCCACCAACUCAAGGAGUUUAGAAAAUGUGCCCAUCCUCAGGGCAGCAGUGAGACAAAGACAACCAUUGGCUGGUUUCAUUCUCAUGCAGACUCAUCAGCACAGCAACAUCCUCACAUUUCAUGCUAGCGGUAGGAGCAGCCACAUUUUCUCAACUCUUUGAGAAGAUUAUUUCCCUGCUACGUGACUUUACCGAAAGAACCAAGAAGAUCUUUGAGAAGAGUUGAGAAAACGGCAAAAUGGCCACAUGCAGUUAUUUUGAGCUGGUGGUCUCUGGGUAAGCCAGGGAGCGUUUAUACAUGCAAUAUUGUACACAUUUGAUGUAUUCUUAAACCUAUGUUUUUCCGGCCGCAUUAAUUUCUCUGGUUUGAGGGGUUUUCUUAUCAUUUGCAGAUUUGAAUGAUUGGGCAAAGUAGACAGGCGUCAGAACAGUGUUUAAUGAGGCCCAUUUGCUCGGCUGAGCUCACCUGUCCCACACCCAGGUGUAGCAGCGCAUGAUUUCACAAGAUGACCGACUUUAGCUGCAUAGAGAGCGGCUUGCUCCAAGCUAUGGGCAGAGAUGAUAAUGCGAGAGAUUUCUGGUGUCAUUUUAAAUCCCUUGUUGUUUGAUUCACAUUUUGAAUAUGAUUGCUGAACAGGCAUUAGUUGAUAUUGUCCAUUUCUCACUUAUGAAUAUAUACGGUAUUUGAGUUGGGGAGAAUUACUCGCAGUGGAACAUAAAUAUUUUAAGUUAGGGAAACUGUGUUGUAAUCACUUUGUUUUAAAGCUGUCAUGACCACACAAAGCCAUCAUAACGUUUUUAACAUAUUCAUAGAUCCACAAUUGUAAUCUCAAAGUAGAACGAUACAGAAUCAGUCAAUAAAAAUCUUAACCUUAUCUGAA